AUGAACAAUAAAAUGAACUAUCCGUCACCUGAAAUGACUCCCGAACAACUUCAAAAACUUUUACCUUAUAAAAAGUCUGAAGAUUCGAAACAUUUUAACCUUCCAGAUAAUUUUGUUCCUGGAUCCAUAGCUUUCGCUAACUUUCCUGUUCGACCCAAUAUGCGUAAACAGACAAAUAAACCAAAUAAAAGACCACAUCACUCUACCUGGACUCAAAGUGAAGCAAAACGGAUCUAUAUAAAAAAGACUAUGAACUUAUAUCAUUGGACACAGCCCGAACUUCCCACAGACUUCGUUCGAAAAAUUAUUUUAGAUAGUUGGGAUAAUAUGACUGUAGAUGAAAAACAAGUGUACGAAAAACAAGCAAACGGAGAAUAUGGACCUUUGAUGGUUCACCCUCACUUAUCACUUAUGUAUCAGUGUGGACAGCUAGGAAAGUUUUCUAAUCAAUCAAAAUAA